AUCACUUUAAUGAAAUAAUUACGGCUUCAUGUUCAUUAACAACGUAAAUUAAUGUUUGAAUAAUUAAUAUUCAAACAAAUAACAUCAAACGGAGUUAAGCAUUUCUCUUUGGCGUUUAUUAAAUCUCUUAACAUUUUUGUAUUAGAUUAAUCAAAUUCAUGUUUUGAUUUAAAUAAUGUGGAUACAAUUAUUUGCGUUUAUUCUUAUAUUAAAGAAGGUGUUGUGUGAUGAUGAUGAUGAAGAAAAAACACAAAAGACACUUAUAGUUGAGACAACAACUCAGCUAGUUUACGUACACACUGAUAUACCGGCAAGCGAAGUGGAUGCGGCUCUGAACUUAGAUUUUGGGAAUUACACUACCAUGCGCUUUAACUAUAUCAACAGUCAAUUUGACCAUUUGUAUGCGGAAGAGCGUUGUUACGAUGAUUAUAUUAAAUGCUUAUUGACGCAAAUAGCACCGAUGCCGGUAUGCGCCUACCAUAAUAUUCGUGACGUUGAUUGCUUCCUAACUGCCACUUCAUAUUGCGAUGUACACUUUGACAGCUGUAGAAGGACCGUGCGUUUUUGGCGUAUUCUGGACUACGGGACAUGUGAACAACUGAAACAGCGCGCUGUAUAUCCUAAACGCAUAAAGCUCGGUAUCCCUGAGACUUUAAGGGAAUCUUUAGCUAAGACUAAACACUUCUCGGUUAUGUCCUCUCCGCAUUUGGACUAUAGACAUUCUAGAAAGUUCCAAAUACUUAUGGCUAGACGUAAAUUACAAAACAAUGAUAAAAAUAUUUAUUAAUAUUACGGCAUGUUUGUUAUCUGGACCUUCAAAAAUUAUUCUUAAAUUCUUUCUUAUUAUACAUUCAGCUGUAGCCUGUGGUUUCUCUGGAGUUACCUAUGCAUUU